AUGGCCCUCCUGCGCUCUGAAAUAUCCACUCAAGAUAACCGCUUGAGAACUCUGGAGUCAUCUGCACAAAACUUUGCGAAUCACUCAUUGGCAACUGAUGUGGUGGUGUCCAGACAGGAUCAAUGCUGCGGUCAAAGAGACGCCACCUUGAAGACUUGGACAACUGAGGAUGCAGAUGCAAUAUCCAAGUACGAGGUGUACCCAAAUCUGAGGGCACAGAAGAUGUUGAGUGGACUCUUUCUGAUCUGUUCCAGUCUAUCCUGUGUGAGGAAGCACCAGAUCAAUUUAAAUUUGGGCUUGCCCAUAGGGCGGUAA